AUGUCUGAAAAGAGAGUAGUUGAAGUUUCUGACCACGAACUAUCUUCAGCGGAUCUUGAAGAUGGCUUCAUAGGUCAAAGAAAAGAUCUUACUAUAGUCGAGAGUGGCGAUGAAGUGUUGAGUAGAAAAAUCAACCUCAUCAACGAUGCAAUAGAUGAAAUUGGAUUUACCUGGUUUCAUUUCAAGUUAUUCUGUAUUGCCGGGUUUGGUUACUCGGUAGAUUCUCAAAUGACCAUGAUCCAAUCGGGAGUAAAAAGUUAUGUUGACGGUCAAAUGAAGGGCGGUGGGUAUCCAAUAGCUUCGGAACUUUUUUAUGCUGGUCUUAUUGUUGGUUCUAUUGUUGUUGGGUUUGGUGCUGAUUUAAUAGGUCGUAAGCUUGCUUUUAAUUCAUCACUUUUGGUUUCUGCAAUUUUUGGAUUUUUCACUGGCGGAACAUCAAGUUAUGCAAUGUACUGCAUCUUCCUAUUCUUGUCAACCCUUGCAUCAGGUGGAAACUUGGCAACCGACGUUGCAGUGUUUCUUGAAUUCUUACCAUCCAAAUAUCAAUAUUUGAACACAUCUAUGGCAGCAUGGUGGGGUGUGGGACAGACGAUUGCAAACCUCAUUGCAUGGCGGUUCCUACCAUCGUACUCAUGCGACGAUCCUACGAGUCCAGAUUGCACAUCACAUCUGAAUCGUGGGUGGAGGUACUGUUGGUAUGUAAACUCAGGUAUAGUGAUGGGUGCAGCACUCAUUCGUCUAGUCUACUUGAAACUCGACGAAACUCCCAAGUUUCUUGUCUCUACAGGUAGAGACCGGGAAGCCGUUGAAGCAAUCCAGGCGAUUGCGGCUAAAUACAACCGUCCAUGUUCACUGACGGUGGAAAACCUAGAAGCAUGUGGUACUAUCGAGCCAACAUACUUCAACAUGGGAAGAAUAUCCAGUUUCCAAUCGGGCCUUAAGGAGUUGUACCAUUCCACGAAAACGAACAUCAAGAUCCUUUUCUGCAACAAGUUAGUUAUCAGAUCUACUAUUUUAAUUAUUAUUUCAUGGGUGUUCAUCGGUAUAGCAUACGAGGUAUACUACAAUUUCCUCUACAUCUAUAUUGCAUCACAUGGUGGAGACACCGGUUCAUCACCAUACAUCACGUAUAGAAACUCCACCAUUGCCAAUUUUGUCGGUAUCUUUGGUCCGAUAUUCGGAGGAGUGCUUAUUCUAAUACCAAGAAUGGGGAGGAGAGGUACCAUGGUCUUCGGCGCUUUAUCCACCAUGGCAAUCCUCUUUGGAUACACCACGGUCAGGACGCCUGCUGGAGAUGCCGGGUUCAGCAGCGCAACGUAUUUCUUUAUGAAUGUGUACUAUGCAUGUCUAUACGCAUACACACCAGAAGUGUUCCCCACCAAGGCCAGGGGUACAGGUGUUGCUUUGUGUUUAGUUGGCGAUCGGAUUGCUGGAGCAUUUGCACCUGUUGUGUAUUGGUACGGAGAACAAACAGGAACAUCUGUUCCUAUCUGGGUGUGUGGUGGAAUCAUUGGUUCGUUGUCCGUCCUUGCGUUGGCAAUGCCUUUUGAGCCUAGUAAACAAAGAUCUGUCUAG